AUGCUUAAAACGCUGGCUUGUGGAGCUGUGACAUUUGCUGGACUUUACAUCGGCUUCAAGAAAGUACUCAAGUUGACUUUCACGCGAUGGAGUGACGCAGAUGUGUUGAUAGUGAGUGAAAGGCUCAUUGAUGCAAUUCACGCAUCCCUGGCAACGACAGCCGGAGUCAUCACAGUGACGUCUUGCAAGGAUGUGAUGAGAGACAGUCAUUGGGUGCUCACCAGCUUUAUGGUGUUUGGAUACCCCUAUUCGGCCAUCGACCUUUAUGCCUCGUAUAUGAGCCACUUCCAUUCGCACCGACUCAGAGGAAACAGCAUGUACAACAGCCACUCUCUGAUGACACUCAAGGGGUUCAUCUCCAGCUACUGGUUGACUGUCCUUCAUCACCUGGCAGUGCUUGGUAUUCUCUUACCCAUUGGCGUGUUCUACCGGCGAGGAUUGGGAGAUUUUUUCAUCGGAUGCUUAUUCAUAACAGAACUCAGCGUCGCUUUUGUCGCCAUAUCAAAGAUUAUCGUCCAGGUGGGCCUUGCAAACACCAGGCUGCACAAAAUCAACAGCAUCUUACUUUUGGUGUCCUUCAUCAUUUGUCGGAUCUUGAUCUUCCCCUACAUGUACUGGAAGUACGGGCGCGAUUUUGACAUUCCACUGCACAAAGUUCCGUCCCAUCUGCCUUGGCACUGUAAUGUCGGCAACUUGGCAAUCCUUAUGCCUCAGGUCUACUGGUUUUACCUCCAGCUGAAGAAAGCCCAGCGAGUGUUCAGACAUAAGAAAUUAAACUAA